ACCUUAUUAUUAUUGCAAGUAGAGCAGGGACAUCUUAACAUACCACUUUUUGCAUCCGGUUGCUGUUGAACAAGCCUCAUGAAUUCUCCAAUUCCUUGAACGUAUUCUUCCGUAAGCAAAUUAGUGUUGGGAUCCAAAUGAGGUUUAUCCAUCCACGAACGAUAAUAAGCUCCUGAAGACAUGAUUUUCACGGAAUUGUUAUGACUAAAGAGAAAGAAGAGAGAAUGAGGUGUGAAUGAGAUGAAUGAGGAGUGGUUGCAUUUAUAUGAAAUUGCUUACGGACAUCCGACGACUUUCCGACGGAAUACCGACAGAUAUAAAGCAUUCCGUCGGAAUUCCGUCAGUAUUUUCCAAUCUCGAACGGCUAUAAAACGGUCAUAUUUAUUUGUCGGCAACGGUCACUUGGUUCGUCGGAAAUUCGUCGGAAAAUACCGACGGAAUACCGACAACCGUAACGGUUAUAUCUUUUCAUCGGCAUAUCGUCGGAAAUUUGACGGAAUAUUCCGACGACUUUUCGACGACUACAACGGUUAUAUUGUUUAUCGGAAUAUCGUCGAAAAGUCGUCGGAAUAUUCCGACGACCCUUGGUUUCUCGGAAAUUCGUCGGAAUUAGCCGACGGAAUUCCGACGACUUCAGAUUUUUUGUUUUCGUCGGAAAUCGGUCAGAAUUCCGUCCAAAGUGUCCGACGGCUGUGUCGUGCGUCGGAAUCUCCGUCGGAAUUCGGCAUGUUUUCUUGUAGUGUUUCUCCACAAAACAUGGGAGAUUGACGGAUCUAAAGGGUAUGACACGGCUCAGAUCUCUCUCUAUCUUUAUUACAUACGAGAGGUAUACUAUGGAAACUCUAUCUUCAUCUCUCAAUAAACUUUCACACUUGGAGAGUCUUACAAUAUAUAACGACAACAAGUUUUAUACUCCCACGAAUGAUGAUGAAGAAGGAUUUGUUUGGAAUUUUGUUCAUCUCAAACAGCUGAAGUUGGAGAUAUAUAUGCCAAGGUUACCUGAUGCGCAACGCUUUCCUUCUCACCUUACAACCAUACAUCUAGAGAAUUGUUGUUUGAAGGAGGAUCCAAUGCUGAUUCUAGAGAAGUUGCUUCACUUGAAAAAGAUUAGGUUAUGGAGUAAGUCUUUCUGUGGGAGGAGAAUGGAUUGCUCAAGGUAUGGGUUUCCUCAACUGCAUAAGCUAGAAUUUAGGGGAUUAGAGGAGUGGGAAGAGUGGAUAGUAGAAGAAGGCUCUAUGCCCCUUCUCCAUACUCUUCGGAUUAACGAUUGCAGAAAAUUAAAGGAGAUUCCUGAUGGGCUCCGAUUCAUCACUAACUUGGAAGAUCUGAGUGUUGAGUAUAUGGGAGAUGAGUUCAAUUUGAGAUUAUCAGAAGGAUCUCACCUUACAACUAUCUGUCUACAUGAGUGUCAUCUGAAAGAGGAUCCAAUGCCUAUUUUAGAGAAGUUGCUUCACUUGAAAGAGAUUAGUUUAUGGAGUAAGUCUUUCUGUGGGAGGAGAAUGGUUUGCUCGAGGGGUGGGUUUCCUCAAUUGCAGAAGCUAGAAUUUUGGGGAUUAAAGGAGUGGGAAGAGUGGAUAAUAGAAGAAGGCUCCAUGCCCCUUCUCCAUACUCUCGAAAUUGAAUCUUGUCCAAAGUUAAAGGAGCUUCCUGAUGGGCUGCGAUUCAUCACUUCCUUGGAGAUUUUGACCUGUCGUGAUAUGGGAAAGGGAUGGGAGAAGAAACUGUCGAACGGAGGAAAAGACUAUUAUAAAGUCCGACACAUCCCUUUUGUUAAAAUCGAUGAUUGUGUCAGAUAGCAGCUGAAGGAGACUCUCAGAAAUUACGGACUAUCAGAGUGGCAAACAGAGAUUUUACAAGUGAAACGUACUGGCACACACGAGGAGUGGAUGCUGCGGUGAAGCUGUUCGACGAAGUGUCUAACUGAGGACACUUGAUCUCCUGCACUGCUUUUUAAGUUUGUCUAUAGAGAUAGAGAGGUUUAUUUUGGGAAGUGAAGCUGUUCCACGAAGGUUGAUUGAGAGAGGUGAAAUAUGUUAAGAUUCGUAUAUUAGUUUUCUCUUUACAUUUUCUUCUAUUUGUUCUUCUCAAGCGACUAGGCUUUUUGAAAAUUUCCGUAUAGAACUGUUUUGAAACUCUUUGCUUGCCUCUGUAUAAAAGAUUUAUGGAAUUGAUUUAACAGAAUAGUUGAUCUUA